AUGCCAUCUAUUUCAAAUCAUUCCGUCCUGGUCAUUGGCGGUUCCUCUGGAAUCGGCCAUGCUGUUGCACAGCUUGCUCUUGAUCAGAACACACGGGUUUUCAUAUCCUCGUCCAAUCCAACACGCAUCUCCAGCGCAGUGAAUUCUAUUCGCGAGAAAUUCCCCGAUGGGCGCAUUGAAGGUUUCCCCUGCGAUCUCAAAUCCGCCCAAGCCGAGUCCAACCUCGAGAAGCUCCUGACCCAGGUCGUCGCCGCCAACGGAGGCCAGCUUCUCGACCACAUCGUCUUUACUGCAGGCGAUGCACUUCCCAUCAAGGCUUUAACGGAUAUUGAUCAUGACUUUAUCCACGACGCUGGGAAAGUCCGUUUUGUUGGCCCUCUGCUAGUUGGGAAGCUCGCUCCUCGCUUCUUAAAGCAAAGCUAUACGUCUAGUUUCACACUUACUGGUGGCACGAUCGCAAGAAAGCCAUCUCCGGGCUGGUCAAUUGCUGCUGGGUAUAUGGCUGGUCUCGAAGGAAUGACCAAGAACCUGGCUCUCGACUUGAAGCCGAUUCGAGUUAAUCUCGUCUUGCCCGGCGGAGUAGAUACAGAUCUGUGGGGGACGGUAGAGGAGAGGAAGGACACAAUGGAAAUGCUUAAGAAGAUUUCUUUCCAGGACAAGGUUGCGUCGGCAGCUGAGGUAGCAGAGUCCUAUAUCUAUCUGCUCAGGGACACGAAUGCAACCGGGUCUACCGUGACAACGGAUGGGGGUGGUAUCCUGAUUUGA